CUGGACUUUGUAUACGUGAUCAGGAAGCUUAGAGGCUAGACUCCUUUCUCUCAAGACUGCCGCUGUAAGAGCAACCAACCAGCAUCUUAGAGAGGACAAGUCACUGGGGCUGGAGUUGGCUUGAAUCUCCAAUCUGCUACUCACUACCCGUGUCAAACUAGCUGAUUAAAUCUUUAUAACCCUUCCCAUGAAUCUGGGGGUGCUGAGAGCUGGAAGAAAAACCUUCAAAGAUCUGGGGAAGCAGGCAGUCAUGUCAGGCCCCCUGAUAUUCUUCUCCCUCCCAGUCCUCCACUUCCUCCUCUUCAUUUUUGUGACCUCAACAGUGUUCCACCUUCAACUUCGACUCUCAAAGAUGUCCAAAUCAUGGAAACAGCCACCAAACCUUGAGACCUCAGUCCCUACAACAUCCCAACCCAAGGGCAUCUGGACUGUGAAUUCUAUAGGCCGUCUAGGAAACCAGAUGGGUGAGUAUGCCACUCUCUAUGCCCUGGCAAAACUCAAUGGACAUCAGGCCUAUAUUUCACCUGAGAUGCAUCGUCACCUCGCUCCCAUCUUCCGCAUCACUCUUCCUGUUCUCCCAAAAAAUGUAGCCGAGCACAUACCUUGGCGUAACUACCCUCUACAUGACUGGAUGUCAGAAGAAUAUCGCCACAUUGAUGGUGCCUAUGUACGUUUCACUGGCUACCCCUGUUCCUGGACUUUCUACCACCACCUUCGAGAAGAGAUCCUUCGUGAAUUCUCCCUGCAUGACCAUGUCCAAAAGGAGGCUCAGGCCUACCUAAGGGGGAUACAGAAAAACCCAGCCACCUUUGUGGGGGUACAUGUCCGCCGAGGUGACUAUGUUCAUGUCAUGCCCCAGAUCUGGAAGGGUGUGGUAGCACACAAGGGUUACUUGGAACAAGCAAUGAAUUGGUUUAGAGCCCGUUACAGUGAUGCUGUCUUUGUGGUCACCAGCAAUGGAAUGGCAUGGUGCCGGGACAACAUUGACACCACAAAAGGAGAUGUGAUAUUUGCGGGGGAUGGGAAAGAGGGCGCUCCAGAGAAAGAUUUUGCACUGCUGACCCAGUGCAACCACACCAUCAUGACCAUUGGCACCUUUGGCAUCUGGGCUGCCUACCUGGCGGGUGGUGAGACGAUCUAUUUGGCCAACUACACCCUUCCAAACUCACCCUUCCUCAAAAUCUUCAAGCCUGAGGCUGCCUUCCUACCUGAAUGGGUAGGGAUCCCAGCUGACCUUUCACCUCUGCUCAAGAACUGAACAUUGUUCUUUUUUCAUGCCCUCAUCCCAAAGUCUGACUAUGGUCCAGAUAAAUGUUCUAUGGAGGUAAGGCUUGGGGGACAACAGAGAACCGUUUCUCCUAUCCUGGAUAUCUAUCCAUAUCUUAGGACAGAGGCCUCAACUUAAUGACCUACCUCAUCCCAUCCUCUGCAAAUCACCCAAGAAUGGAUCUACACAAUGGAGUUGGUUGCAUAGAAUCAUACCAUGGCAGAUCUGAGGAAGGGGGCUUGGAGAUUAUCUAGGGUGGGCUAGGAGAUUAUACUAAACUAAUGUGUCUCUAAAACCCACCGGAAGUGGACAUACAUCAGUGGAAUGUUUACAUGUAAAUCCUAGGUGAUUGGGGGCUUUUGGGAAAGGGACCAAGCUGAUCUGGUACAAUGGGCCCUUGAGCGUUUUAAUAAAUGUUGUUAAUGAAAGCCCCUUGUGUUUGAGGUAUGAAGCAGAGACAUUUUAACCUCCUUCCAGGCUUAUGAAGGACAGACCUCUCAAAGCCCAGAAUUAGCUAGUGCUCAACAUUAUCUACAAGAGAGGACUCUUUACCUAUAGGUCUGGAAUUAGUUUAGAUUAGAGGGAAGUAAGAAUGGGUGGCCUUCACUCAUCUGCCAGGGUCUUUUGCUUCCCUGAGGAAUGGAGCGAAGAGAAAAGUUAAAAGGUCCAGGGACCCUCUCCCCUACCCAUAGCAGCCAAAAAAGCUGAAGGUAUUUCAGAUCGUGUGAAUAGAAGUGAAGACAGAAAUGUUUUCAUUUUCCUCUGACCUUGUGAGGUGGAAGAUUAUUUCCAGUCAUGAGCUCACAUUUUGUGAAGCACAUUGACAAACUGGAAAGUCUACAAAGAGAUUCUAACCUAAUUGAGAAGAAAACUGAAGACCAGGUCAUGGGAGGGUAAUUGGAAGAAUAAUGGAUAUUUCUCCUGAAGAAAUCAUUUUGGACUACAUGUUGUCAACCUCCCAUACAGCUGUGAGAUUCUAAGAUCCCAUGAAAUUGGGGUGCACAAUGGUGAGAGAAACGGUGGGCAGUGAUUUUACAGGAGGAAGCAAUUGGUUUUAGGCAGCUAGGUGGCACUGUGGGCAGUGCUGGACCUGGAGUCUGGAAGGGCUGAGUUCAAAUUCG